AUAAUCUUUCCUUUGGUGCAAUAUUUUCAUAUUACUGAAGUUAUGAAACCUCUGAAAAAAGCUCUAAAAGUAUGCAUAGAAAUAACUUUGUGUUUAGUAUUAUUCUAUGUUUUACUGAACCAAUUUCAAAGUUACCACAUUAUAAAGUUAACUGAAAUGAGUCACUACCACGAAAUAAUUGGAAGAGUUUAUGAAUCUAAUGGUAGUUUUUGGACGGAUUAUUACCAACAUAUUAUCAAGCAAAAUGAAAAUAAGACAUUCCUGCAUGCUCCAAAUUCUACCGGAUCCUGCAAAAGAAAAUUUCACACUAGUAUGAAAGAUAACAUGAAAACCGUUUUGAAAUAUCCUGUCGUUCACAAAAUGUCUAAAAAGUUCAACGAGAUCUUUGAAUUCUUUGGAAAACCCGUUAUCAUUGGUAACGAAACUUCUCCUGUUAUUGUUACGGGGGCUUCAUCGAAUCAUUACCGCGAAUCCCUUGGUAUGAUUAAAACUUUCAAGCAGAAAAUUUUAUCACGAUACACAGGGACAAAGCUGAUAUUUUUUGACCUCGGUUUAUCGAAAAACCAACGACAGGAGUUACAAAACUUUUGCAGUUGUGAAAUAAGGACUUUCGAGUUCAACAAAUAUCCAUCUUUUGUUCGGAAAAUGCAAAAUUAUUCUUGGAAAACUUUGAUUAUAUACACAGUCUUAAAAGAACACAACUUUGUGAUGUGGGCCGAUGCAUCGGUUAGAUUUACUGGUACUAAAGAAGCUUUUGACGUGUUUUUCAAACAAGUUAAAGAUGUUGGCAUUCUGGUGAGGAUUAUUGAAAACAAAAAUCCAAAAUCCUCUACUUUUUACCACACGAAGACAGAAACAUUUAAAUUACUAAAUGAAACUGCUUGUAUGUUUAAUUUCAAAUCACUAGAAGCUGGAUUCGUCACAAUUUGGAAAACAUCAUUUACAUGGAAAUAUAUCAUGCAACCUUGGAUAGCAUGUGCCUUGACAGAACACUGUAUGUCUCACUAUAAUCCAGGAUUAGUUCUACAGUGUAAACCUCGAAAGGAAGUUUCAUAUCAUUGCCACAGAUUCGAUCAGUCUGUGUUACAGAUAAUCCUGCAGAGACUAUUCAAUGUCAAGUAUGAUAUAGUGGCCUUAAAUCGUCUACCGAAAAUUCAUUAUAUUUACAGAUACCGUUAG